GUAUCUCGCCUGAUUCCCGUAGUAUUUGUUUACACCGCGAGAACAUCGCAAUAAAUUCACCAACAAAUCAGAUCACGGCUCCCCAACAUCCCCCCAGUAUCACUAGUGAGUCUAUCGCAGCACGUUUUGUAACGCAGUUGUGCCCGAGUCACGUAGGACUAACGUUCAAUAACCAAAAAAAAUUAAUAAAUCAACAUUCGAAGUAGACGUACAACAGUGAAUUGUGAUAAUACAUCUGUGGAAGUGGAUCCAUCAUACGCAGUUGUCCAAGUGAUUGUGGAGAAAAGCCGGGGGCCAGGGGGGGGGGCAUCGUCUUGUUCGCCGGUUUCUGCUGAUUCUCGACACACCGGACUAAUCGAGCAGCUAUUGGGGCUACUAUUGCCCCAAUUAAAUUCUUCAUUUUUGGUGGAACCGUUGUCGCUAAUGUAACUGACGAUUGUGAGAGAUACCAGUGGAAAUAUGUCUCAGAGAGAUACCGUCAUACAUCUUGUUGCCGGCGGAGAAAUGUUUCAACCUCACAAUGCAACAGUCAGUGUUUUGAUCUACUCCAAUGUUUAUUAAUAGGGUGGCGGGGACUAUGGGCGCAAUUGUGACCUGUCCCCUCGAAGUAGUCAAAACACGAUUGCAAUCAUCAACGUCUGGCUUUUAUCCACCUCCCCAUAAUGGUGAAUUCACUUCGGGACAGUUCACGUGUAAUGGUUUUCCACCUAAACAACAGAGAAGGAAAUUAUGCACUGGGGGAUCCACAAGGUAUGCCUUCGUGGCCCUGUCUCAUUGUGGUGCUUCACCACCCCCCAACACUGGACAAGUUAGUCCAGGUUUAAUCGAGUGUCUGAGGUACAUAGUUAAGUACGAGGGUCUCCGUGCACUUUUCAAGGGACUUGGUCCCAAUCUAGUGGGAGUAGCGCCAUCACGAGCGAUAUAUUUCUGCACAUACUCGAAGAGCAAGGGCUUCUUCAACUCAUUACUACCUCCAGACAGUCCAAUGGUGCACGUGUGCUCCGCUACAUGUGCUGGCUUUGUGGCAUCUACAGCGACAAAUCCCAUUUGGUUUGUCAAAACAAGACUACAACUGGAUCAUCACGCAAAGCAUACGAGAGCAAUCGAUUGCAUCAAGAGGAUAUAUCAACAAUCGGGUUUCCUUGGAUUUUACAAAGGCAUUGUGGCCUCGUACGUUGGCAUAAGUGAAACAGUAGUUCACUUUGUUAUUUACGAAGCAGUUAAAGCCUGGCUGAUAACACACAGAUCGCGAUUGCCAACAGACAACGAUGGAUCAAAAAUGGGACGUGAUUUUAUCGAAUUUAUGGCAGCAGGAGCCAUGUCUAAGACCGUUGCAUCUUGCAUCGCCUAUCCCCAUGAAGUGGCAAGGACAAGGCUGAGGGAGGAAGGUACCAAGUACAGAACAUUCUGGCAGACAUUGAAUGUCGUUUACAUGGAGGAGGGCCCAAGGGGCCUCUACAGAGGCCUCGCCACUCAGCUAGUCCGUCAAAUACCGAAUACAGCUAUCAUGAUGGCGACUUAUGAGGCUGUUGUCUUCAUUCUCACACGACAAUUCCAAGUAGCACCCACGGGGACUGCCAAAAACACACAGUUCUACGCGGAGAAUAAGCGAAAACGUGAACUCGCUUAGGGGAUGCAUCGAAAUGUGAAUUCAUUCCAAUGACGUUCAGGGGGUUGAUCUGGGUUGAAAUGGUGAAACGUGUAAAUUCAUCGAUUUUACCAAAUCUGUGGCGAACUUCCCUCGGUGGUUGGAGCCCUCAAAAAUAUUUGCAUGAUAGUCUACAGAUUAUUUUUCUAUCUUAAUGGAGUUUACAUAAUUUUUUCGGAAAUUUAUCGGUAACUAAUAGAACACAUGAACAGUAAAAUAUGAAAUUAUAAAUUCUAUUUCUAAUUUGCGGGUUAAAUUUAAUUAUUACAUUUAAAAGAUUUAUUCAUUUUCUGAUUCCUCUGAAAGAAUUAGUUAUCGAUAAAUUACCACUUCAAAUGUUUUUUCGAGAUUAUUCAUCAAUUCUUGUUGAAAUUUCUGAAUAUUCAAAUGAUUAUUUUCCGAUAUUUUACUGGAAAUAUUGAACAAAGUUUGACCACUUCAUCAAAGGGCCCCUGAAUAUCUUAGGAAACGAUAAUCGAGGGUAAUCGAAGAGGAAAUGAUUCAUUUCAUGUAAAUAAUGCAGUUACAGUAGAAUCUACUUGUAGAUUCGUUGUCCAGUCAGCUUUAUUUAUGUUGUACAUAACUCCUGUAUAGAAAAUCGAGGAUUAUAAUAUAAAAAGUAUUACGAGAAUGGUAAUUUAUGCAAGGAUAUUGGGUGAUGAUAGUACGUGACUGGGGGAGGAUUUGACGAAUAUGCUGUGAUUAGUUGUGAUUGAUUGGAACAAUUUAGAAAGUACGAAAUUAUUUUUCAAUGAAUCAGUCUGAAUCAUUUAAUGGUAUUUCCUUCAUAUUUAAUUUUUUGCACAUUCGUGGAGACUUUCGAGACAAUUCAUGAUUAUAAAUGAUUUUUUAAAUGCUGUUAUGAAGUGGAGGAACGAAAUUACGCACCUCACGAGGGGUUUUAGAGAUGAAAAAAUUUCCAAAGGAGAAACUCGACAUUUUCAUCUGAAAUUUUUCAUCAUGGAGAUCAUUUCGUUAUAAAUUAUUCAGAAUUUAUUCCAGACACGUUACGUAGCACUUCACAACAGAUUUCAUCAUCCUAGUCGUUGACAAAAGUUAUUUUCAUAAUUUGUACAAUAUCCUUCCUCGAAAUCAGUCGAUAAAAAAAAAUAGAGACAACAGAUUCUGUGAUUUUAGUUCUUCGUUUUGUAAAAAAAUUUCCGAGUGAUUGACAGUAGUUAAUAAAUCGUGAAAAUUGUUCUAGAGUGAUAAUUAAUUACUCCUGAUGACUCAAUUCGUCGAUGAACUUCAUUCAACUGACGAGUUUUUAAUGACAUUUAGACUCUGAACAAUUGACACAAUCAACGAAUAUUAAAAUCAUGUUAAAUAUAUUUUUUAACAGAAAGCGUGAACGAUGAAUGACAAAGUGUAAUGAAAAAUUGCUUAGUUUUAUGAAAGACUGAAUUAAUUGUAUUGUACUUAGUGCGUACUCAACAUUGGACAGCUGUUGAUAACUGCAGUGCGGUUUUGAAUUUCAUAGAUUAUUGGAGAAUAAUAGGGGGAUUAAUUUUUUUUUUUCUUACGUUUAUUCAUGAUAAAUCUGUGGUUUAGGAGUUCUAUUUCCCAUUGACGAUAGCAAACGGACCUCAGUAGUUGCUAAAUGAUUUUUUUUGCGGCGCAGACGGGGUUCUUACCCUUGCGUCGAUGUCGUAAACUUCGGGGCCGAUGUUGUAUUACCUUAACGUUUAUCCUAGGUUCUAAUAAUCUUAUGUUAUAUCCCUGUAAUUUAUGGAGAAGAAUAAAUUUAAAUAAAUAUUGAUUUAGAAAUGAAAAGCAAAAA